GCCAUUACCGGACGCCGUCGUGCUGCGGAUAAAAAUCCGAAAUUAUUGGAAAAAGUAACCACAAGGUUAUAAAUUAGAUAAUUUGAUCAUGGGCGUGACUGUGGAAACAAUCAGCCCCGGAGAUGGGUCGACUUACCCCAAAUCGGGGCAGACAGUGGUAGUCCACUACACAGGCACGCUGACUAACGGGCAGAAGUUCGACUCGUCCCGCGACCGCGGAAAGCCCUUCAAGUUCAAGAUCGGCAGGAGCGAGGUCAUCAGAGGCUGGGAUGAGGGUGUGGCUAAGAUGUCCGUUGGUGAGCGUGCCAAGCUGACCUGCUCCCCUGACUACGCCUACGGCCAACAAGGCCACCCUGGCGUCAUCCCGCCUAACUCCACUCUCAUUUUCGACGUCGAACUCAUCCGACUCGAAUAAAUUCUACCACCACACCCAAAUCUUUAUGGUUUUGUUAGACCAGUUAAUAUUCUCUGUAUGACAUUCGUAAGACCUUUAAAUGGGCAUUGGGCGCUCUAGUGUCCUUAUUACAUCCAAUUAUUCUCAAUAAUCAACUGCAUCAUUUGCCCUUGAUGAGUGGAUUUAAUAUCUUUAUGCGUAGAGUAGCAUAGAUCAUUAAUAUCUCAAAAUUUUCUCUAUGUCACAACAUAAUGUAAUCGUUUAAUAGUGUCAUCUAGUCAAGACUU